CCGGGGAGGGCGGGGUCAGGUCUGAAUCGCUGCUGUGAGUCAUCCUGGGCGCUGCUGGGAAGGGCAGGGCAGGGCUGGGAUGAUUGACCAUGCUAACAGCCGGGUGGGAUUUCGCGACAUCGCGGUGUGAAGGGACUCGCUGCCUAUGGCAACGAUCGCCUGGCAGAAGGGGCGGAACUAGAUCCCUCCACUUGAGACGCUGACAUUCCAGGCCCUUGUCCUGCAGGCUCCCGCGGGCUGACACGCCGGAAGAGGAGGCCGGGGAAUGGCCGCGGUGUGGCAGCAGGUCUUAGCAGUGGACGCGAGACUCACCCUCAUCACAGCACCAGAGUUUCGGACACAGUAUAUCCGGCGGCGCAGCCAGCUACUACGGGAGAAUGCCAAGGCUGGGCACCCCCCAGCGUUCCGUCGGCAGUACCUGAGGCUGCGUGGGCAGCUGUUGGGCCAGCGCUACGGGCCCCUCUCCGAGCCAGGCAGUGCUCGUGCCUAUAGCAACAGCAUCAUCCGCAGCAGCCGCACUACCCUCGACCGCAUGGAGGACUUUGAGGAUGAUCCUCGGGCCCUGGGGGCCCGUGGGCACCGCCGUUCCGUCAGCCGAGGCUCCUACCAGCUGCAGGCACAGAUGAACCGUGCUGUCUUUGAGGACAGGCCCCCCGGCAGCGUGGUGCCCACGUCAGCAGCAGAAGCCAGUCGAGCUAUGGCCGGGGACACGUCACUGAGUGAGAACUACGCCUUUGCGGGCAUGUACCACGUUUUUGACCAACACGUGGAUGAGGCAGUCCCAAGAGUGCGCUUCGCCAAUGAUGACCGGCACCGCCUGGCCUGCUGCUCACUCGAUGGCAGCAUCUCACUGUGCCAGCUGGUGCCCGCCCCGCCCACCGUGCUCCGAGUGCUGCGGGGCCACACCCGCGGUGUCUCCGACUUCGCCUGGUCUCUCUCCAAUGACAUCCUCGUGUCCACCUCACUUGAUGCUACCAUGCGCAUCUGGGCCUCUGAGGACGGCCGCUGCAUCCGGGAGAUCCCUGACCCUGAUGGCGCCGAACUGCUCUGCUGCACCUUCCAGCCCGUCAACAACAACCUCACUGUGGUGGGGAAUGCCAAGCACAAUGUGCAUGUCAUGAACAUCUCCACGGGCAAGAAAGUGAAGGGUGGCUCCAGCAAGCUGACGGGCCGUGUCCUCGCUCUGUCCUUUGAUGCCCCCGGCCGGCUGCUCUGGGCGGGCGAUGACCGCGGCAGUGUUUUCUCCUUCCUCUUUGACAUGGCCACAGGGAAGCUGACCAAAGCCAAGCGGCUGGUAGUACAUGAGGGUAGCCCUGUGACCAGCAUCUCUGCCCGCUCCUGGGUCAGCCGCGAGGCCCGGGACCCCUCACUGCUCAUCAAUGCUUGUCUCAACAAGCUGCUGCUCUACAGGGUGGUGGACAAUGAGGGGACCCUGCAGCUGAAGAGAAGCUUCCCCAUUGAGCAGAGCUCACAUCCCGUGCGCAGCAUCUUCUGCCCCCUCAUGUCCUUCCGCCAGGGGGCCUGUGUGGUGACGGGCAGCGAGGACAUGUGCGUGCACUUCUUUGAUGUGGAGCGGGCAGCCAAGGCCGCCGUCAACAAGCUGCAGGGCCACAGUGCACCUGUGCUGGACGUCAGCUUCAACUGCGACGAGAGCCUGCUGGCUUCCAGCGACGCCAGCGGCAUGGUCAUCGUCUGGAGGCGGGAGCAGAAGUAGCAGCGUUCUGGCCCUGUCACGGUCCCUCUUCUCACCCACCUCCUGCUCCAGCCUUGUGUUUGUAAAUAAAGUUUCUGUGGUUGUGCCGA